AUGUCUGCCCUCUUCAACUUCCAGUCCCUCCUACUCGUCCUCCUGCUACUCAUCUGCACGAGCGCAUAUGUCCACCACUUUACACCAGGUAUCAUGGACCGAAACAAGAACGGGUACGGAAUGCGACGCUCCGACUUUGGGUGCGACGACGCUGACACAAUAGGGUAG